AUGGCCGCCGCGGAUGUUCGCGACAUGCUCGAUUUGCCCGCAGAUGGGCAACCAAGACCUACAAAGAAGCAGAAAGUCGCGGAAAAGAGGCCAGAGGGUAUUACUCGUGAGCUCUUCGCGCUACUCGGUGAAAAAGCGCCUCCUAUCGCCCUCAACGAAAAUAAAUACAAGCUGAAGAAAUCUAAUCGAAGGGCGAUUCCAUGGCGAAUGACCGAGUUCAAAAACGAGGCGCGCAGCGAUGGAUUAGUUCUUCGACAUUGGAAGAAAAUGGAGCCCGUGAACAAAUUAGACGACGCUACAAUGGAAGUUGAGCAGACGACUGAUGGCGCACAAGAGGAGCAUGGACAAUAUGCAUUUGCCAAGUAUAAUAUCAAGGCUCAGGUUCCCAGCCGAUACACCGAUGAACAAUACCAGCGACACUUGCAGAGUGAUGAUUGGUCGCGCGAGGAGACGGAUUACCUUCUGGGCUUGGUGGCAGAGUACGAUUUACGAUGGGUGAUUAUUGCUGAUCGAUACGAUUAUCAGCCCAAAACUUCAGAGACCAGCGAUGCGAAUGCGACAGCACUUGUUACAGCGAAAAGUGUCCGGACUAUGGAGCAGAUGAAGGCUCGUUACUAUACGGUGGCAGCGAACAUGCUUGCGCUCGAGCAUCCACCUUCGGAAAUGUCAGAAGCUGAGUUCGCGUUACACGAAAAGAUGAUGAAAUUCGACCCGGAUCGUGAACGACAGCGAAAGGAAUUGGCGGCAUUACAACUGAAUCGCACAGCUGACGAAGUCCGAGAAGAAGGAAUUUUAUUGGAAGAACUCAAACGUAUCGUCACAAACGAGCAGAAUUUCAUCGCAGAGCGCAGAGAGCUUUAUGCAAGACUCGACGUUCCUUACCACGUCAGCAACACGACCAUGUACCAAUCUAGCCAGGGCUUGUCACAGCUUCUGUCGACCUUAUUACAAGCGGACAAGAGCAAAAAGCGCCGCUCCAUACUCGGACCGGAGAGUCUACCAAGUCCAGCUGGUCAAACACCCUCCCAAACCUUACCAAACGGUCUUCGCGAUGUCGAAACACCCACAGCUGCUCUGUCCAACAAGAAAGGAGGAGCUGCAGCAGCUGCCGCCGCUUCGGCCGCCGCAACCCCUACACAACCCACCAUACGCACCCUCACCAAAGAAGAAGAACAACGCUACGGCGUCCAACACCACGACCGCAUCACCCCAGGUGUACACUUUCGCAACGACAAAGCCACAAAACUCACACAAGCCAAAUCAAACAUCCAAACCCAAAAACUUGCCGCAGCUCUUACAGAACUCGAUAUCCCUCUCCGCUUGCUCAUGCCUACCGAGAAAGUCUGCAAGGAAUUUGAAAGACUCAUUCAUCAAGUCAACACCUUACUUGACGCGCGCAAAGUCUCUGAGAAAGUGGAGAGCGAAAUCCGAGUCCUGGAAGCUGCUAGAGAGGAACGACAGAGAAAAGAGCGCGAAGCGAAUCCUACUGCUGCAAGUUCCGGCACAACAAACAACGAAACAGGCAUCGAUCAAGCAGAGAAACAAAUCAAACUCGAGUCUGUGGAAGAUCAACCACAGAGUCAAGGAGGAGGCGCAGCAGCGGAGGAAGAAGAGACUCAUACGAAUCAGCAGAAUGGUGAUACAGGUAAUACAACGGCCGAGACGAGUAGUGCUGGCAAUAAGCACAAACGUUCGGCUAGUGUGUUGAGUGCUCAGAGUGAUAAGAGUUCCAAGAGGCAGCGGAAGUAA